ACAUCAAAGCGCUACCGUUUCCUUUGCUCUUCUCGUUUAAACCAAAUCGUGCCAUUUGUAACUCUUCAAAAACAUCCUUAACAGUUAACAAUCCCCCCUCCCCCCCAGUCGGUUUUUACAGAAACCAAUGAAGAACGUUUCAAGAAGCAAGUUCUUGCUCUGUUUCCGACCAGUCGUCGAUAAUAUGGAAGCCGUUCUCGAGCCUGAAGGUGUCGGUGGCGGUGGCGGUGAUCGGCCGGCGGGUAUUCAAGGUCUGCCGUGCAUCAGUGUGGUGGGAAACAAGGAAGAAACGAAGAAAAUGUUGACUCCAAAGAGAAACCUCUCUCGGGUGAUUAAAGCCGUGAUGUUUGAAACCUUAUUGAGUAAGAGACUUCGUGACAGAAAGCAGAGUCUUUCGGUGAAACCAGAAAGGUCUCAUGAUUUGUUUGAUGAAAAAUCAGUGAAUCGGGCAUCGGUGGACACUAAUAUUGAUCAAGAAAUCACAACCUCUUCUGGGUUAUCACAUUCGUCUUCGUUCCGUUCAUCAUCGGUGAAUUCCACCGGGUCUUUGCCUGACACAACAAAACAAGAUUGUAGCAUUAAUCCCCAAGUUCAAGCCGUUGUGGAGAAACCAAAGAAGGUGGAAAUGGGUUGCUCUGGUUUCAACUCCGGCAUACACUUGCUUGUGAUUAGCCUUAUUAUAACAAUCUUGUGGGGAAGGCUUUGUGCUAUUCUUUUCGCUUCAAUUUGUGCAUAUUUUGUGCCUCGACGGCAUGCCGGUUGUGGCAGACAAGAAAGUGUGAUCAAGUUGGAAAAGACAGAGUCCAGAGAGCACAAAAAGAAGGUCAUAAUGGAAGGCUUCCUCGAAAGAAAUCACCACAGAAAGCAUUAAAUCAUAGACGUGAAAUUUUUCCGUUUCGUGCUUGAUUGAACUUUCUCUGGGGCUCUCUGGUUAGCAAAUUUAAGGCUUUCUGAGGCCACAAGAGACAAACACAUCUGUCUAGUGAUGUGCCUUUUCACAAGUUAGGGGAGAAGAACAGAACAUUCUGUUCUUCAUUUACUUCCCUGCUUGUGUCUCUUCUGUUUUUUUCUUCUCUCUUAUUGUACGUGUUAACAGAUGAAAGAUAUAGAGACAAUUGUACAGAGAUUUUGGUUACUAAAGUGUAAUU